CAGGAAUCCAAGUCUCCCCUCCUCCCCUUGAAAGGACAUAUUUGACAGGGCAGAGCCAGACAGAGCUCGCACUCCAGCCCAGCCUUCACUGCGGCACAGACGCCCCGGACCUGCUCCUCUUCCUCUCCUCCCUCUUGGACGUUUUAGUCGGUGCUGCUGAACAGCAAAUAAGCGACCAUGGAUGCCAUCAAGAAGAAGAUGCAGAUGCUCAAGCUCGACAAGGAGAAUGCCUUGGACAGAGCUGAGCAGGCUGAGUCAGACAAGAAAGCAGCAGAGGACAGAAGCAAACAGCUGGAGGACGAUUUGGUGGCCCUGCAGAAGAAGCUAAAAGGAACAGAAGAUGAGCUGGACAAGUACUCCGAGGCUCUUAAAGAUGCCCAGGAGAAACUUGAGCUGGCUGAGAAGAAAGCCACCGAUGCUGAAGGUGAAGUCGCUUCCCUUAACAGACGUAUCCAGCUGGUUGAGGAGGAGUUGGAUCGUGCUCAGGAGCGUCUGGCCACCGCCUUGACAAAGCUGGAGGAGGCUGAGAAGGCUGCUGAUGAGAGCGAGAGAGGCAUGAAGGUCAUUGAGAACAGGGCCAUGAAGGAUGAGGAGAAGAUGGAGAUCCAGGAGAUCCAGCUGAAAGAGGCCAAACACAUCGCUGAGGAGGCCGACCGCAAAUAUGAGGAGGUGGCUCGUAAACUGGUCAUCAUUGAGGGUGACUUGGAGCGCACAGAGGAGCGCGCUGAGCUUUCAGAGGGCAAAUGCUCUGAGCUUGAGGAAGAGUUGAAAACUGUGACCAACAACCUGAAGUCACUGGAGGCCCAGGCUGAGAAGUACUCACUGAAGGAGGACAAAUAUGAGGAGGAGAUCAAAGUCCUCACCGACAAGCUGAAGGAGGCUGAGACUCGUGCUGAGUUCGCUGAGAGAUCAGUAGCCAAGCUCGAGAAGACCAUUGAUGACUUGGAAGAGAAACUGUCGCAAGCUAAGGAAGAGAACCUCGAUAUGCAUCAGAUGAUGGACCAGACUCUAAUGGAACUGAAUAACUUGUGAAGUUACUGCCUGACUCUGCACACAUUGUUAUUUUGUUUUUGUUUUUUUGUUGGUUUUUGUUUUUGCACCUUGCUUACUAUAAACCCUCUUUGUACGUUUUACAUAAAUAGAGGGAAAAAAGGGACAACCAGAUAAAAUAUUCAACUAGUGAGUCCUAUUAAGGUAAAUUAAAAGCCCAACUGGUUUCUUUUAUAAACACCAUGUUUGUUUUAGGCCAACUUUUACUGUAUGUCUGCCUUUUGCAGACUUUGCAGUUGUUUUCUCUGGUAUUUUUUUUUACAUGUCCUGUUCUGAAAUGACAUGUGCCAUUGUGCAAAGAUCCUUUUGUGUAUUUGCAUCUAAGCUUGUCUAAUGCACAAAACUCCACCUUUAUUAACAAACAAACCAAAGAACAAAGUGUUAUUCCUUGUACUGCAGUGCAUAUAUAGGCUAUUAAAAGCGUGGUUAAUCCAGACCAACCAUCAACUGUAAAAGCCUGUGCCUGCCAGCAUUUACUGUAUACUGGAGCUCCUGUGUCAGCUGUGUGCAUGACAGUAAGCAGAAACAAAAUGUGCUUUUAAACCAAGGUUCUACUUGUCUGCAUCUUGUCAAUUAGCGUUUCAGGCAGUUGGUUGUGCAAUGUUUUAGCUUUGUUUUGAUGUAGAGGUUUCAAAUGUUCAACAUAUCUGAACUGUUAAAAAAAAGAAUAUUAAUAAAAGCAUGUUUUGAAAGUUUUCUAA